CAAAUAUUAGGAGACAUGAAAGCAGCUUGUGUAUUUUACAAUAAGAAAAAGUAUCUGGGACCAUCUUUAUUUCUAGUAUUGCAAGUAGGUUUACACGUAUGGGCUUACAAUGACUUCCUCAUGAAUUGUCACAUUUUUGGACCCUUGAUGUUUGUUACAAGUGGAUUGUAUUUUAUAGUACGGUUCAAAGAUCCUGGAACUAUUCCAAUAGUUAAGGUAGAGCUUCCCCUUGAGAAUAAUCAAAUCGAAGUAAAGAUUGAAAAUAAUGAAAAAAGAGAAGUACUCAAUGCUUAGGCAAAUGAUGAAUCUAAUGGUUAGAUUUCACUGGAUCAAUUCAAAGAUGGUCCUGAUAAUGACAACACAAUAUAAAAAUAUUAUCCGGAGUAAUAGCAAUAACAAUCUACAAACAAUCAGCACAUCAUAUCGGGUAGAGGAAUGCUAUCAUCGCCAUCUUCUGAACAGGAAAAGAUAAAUAUUCCAAAUAAAUAAACCUGUAUAAGCACUUCAAAUGCAGCCAUUUCUCCAAUAUUGACAACAGAAAGGAGAUUCUGUAUGCAAUGUUUAAAUGAGUAACCAAUGAGAGCCAAACACUGUCAAUAUUGCAAGAAAUGUGUGCCAUUGUUUGAUCAUCAUUGUCCUUGGAUUGGCAUAUGUAUAGGCGAAAAGAAUAAACUACUGUUUCUGAUUUAUUUGUUAGUCUAAAUUGCUUAGUUAAUAGUGGGUAUUCGAAUCUCAGUUCAGAAUAUUGGAUUGCUGGUGGUUAUGGGGGUUAUUGUGCUUUUGCUGAUUAGUCUAUUGGGAUUUCAUGCGUAUUAUGUAGCCAAAAAUAUUACAACAUGGGAAUACUUGAGUUGGAAAAGGAUUUCGUAUAUCAAUUAGAAUUCAAGAUAUCCAUUUGACAAAGGUUACUUCUCCAAAUCUCAUGCGAAAAAAAGAUUUACGAUUGGUAAAUAUAAUCUUAAUGAGUACUUUUAUUUAAAAUAAAUUCAAAUUUAUUUAUAUUAAGAUUUUUAUCAUAUAUUUUCAAACCAUCUUUUGAAAAUGUAAUCUCUCUUUGUCAAGUGUUAAAAAUGUUAACAAAGACCUGCUACCAUUAAGUGUAAUCAAUGUAGAUAUGGUCAAACUUACAGAUUAUGCUAUUCAUGCGAUUCUUAAAUUCAUAAUCGAACAGGCCCUGUAGAUCAGCAACAUAAAACUGAAAUCAUCCCAUAUCAAGAAAUGUACUAGAAAAAUUAGAGUAAUGUCCCUGUUCCCUAAAAAAAUGAUUAAAGAAAUUCAUUCAAAAAAAAUGAUUACAAACCUUAACCUCAAGUUCCAACCAAGGACUUUCUAAACAAUGAGUAUAAGAAACCUGAUUAUUCCAAAACCAUCGAUAUUAACAGAGUCAGCAACAAACAUGAUUAUUUGGAUAAGAAAAUCGAUAGUCAUGAGAAAAGGGCUGAUCAAUAGUAUCUCUCUAAUGACAAAAGACCUUACUCCUCCAAUUAGAAAAUCACAUCCGAUAAUGACCGAAAUAGUCAGCAAUUAAUUAAUUAGUUAAAAGAGGAACAAUAACAAACAGAAAAACUUAAGGCUGAAUUGUCAUAGGCUAAUUAGAGAGAGAGGGAAGCAUAACGAAGAUUAUAAAAAUUAGAAUAGGAAUUUGAACAAAAAAUUAGAGAGGAUAAAUAAAAAGUUUAAUAAUUAACAGAAGAAAAUAGAAAUUUGAAUAAUAAAUUAAAUUAAACCAACAAGCAUAUUUAAGAGGAAGUAAAUAAAGUAAGAAAUCAAUAUGAAGAAUAAAUUAAUGAAUUGGAAUAGAUUCUCAAUGAAAAAAAUUAGUAAUUAGAAAGCAUUGCUUAAGAAUAUAAUUUGGAAGAAUUAUAACAAACUCUUAAUGAAUUACAAUAAGAAUCCCAAAUGAAAGAUUAAAUUAUCGAGUAAUUGCAAUAAAACUUGCAUGACAAUUAAGAGGAAAUCCACUAAAUGAGAGAAGAGUUUAUGAAUAAUUCUAAGAAGAAUUUAUAAUCCUCAAAUAAAAAAUCAGUGAAAAGUAAUGAUAAUCAAAAAGAUGAGUACAUCUAGGAAUUAGCCUAAUAAUUAGAGGCUAAAGAUGAGGAAAUUCAUAAGUUAGAAGAUUUAAUCGAAAAUUUCAAGUAAUUAUACUAACACAUGAGCGAUGAAAAAUAACAGUUAUAAGAAGAAGUAGAAAAGUUGGCAAAUGAAAAUAAUUAGUUUAGAGAUAUAUUCAGUCAAAAUUUACAUCUUUUUGGAAUUGACCCAGAAUAAUUAAAUGAAGAAGGAGAGGAAGGAGAUAACGACUAUCCAGAAGAGAUUGCUGAAGAAAAUGAUGAUCAAAAUGAUUGA